AUGGCUCUGAAUCUGCACUCGCCGACGGAAAUCAAGGCUAUCUCCUUCUUGGAGACCUCUAAAUCCAACCACAACCUCAACCUCAACCUCCUCAAGCUUCAAGGUGGAUUAGCUUUGAAGAGGAAGGCCAAUGGAGUGGUAUAUGGGAAAAGAAUACAUUGCUCAGUACAGGGUCCUCCCCCGGCCUGGCCAGGGUGGGCUGUUGUUGAGCCUGAUCGUAAGACUUGGGAUGGUCCAAAGCCUAUAUCAAUUGUUGGAUCCACUGGCUCUAUUGGAACUCAGACAUUGGACAUAGUUGCGGAGAAUCCAGACAAGUUCAGAGUCGUGGCACUUGCGGCUGGUUCAAAUGUCACUCUUCUUGCUGAUCAGGUCAAGACCUUUAAACCUCAAUUAGUUGCUGUCAGAAAUGAGUCAUUAGUUGAUGAACUCAAAGAGGCUUUGGUGGAUGCUGAACACAAGCCUGAAAUUAUUCCUGGAGAGCAGGGCGUCAUUGAGGUUGCCCGCCACCCGGAUGCCGUCACUGUAGUAACAGGAAUAGUUGGUUGUGCAGGAUUAAAGCCUACAGUGGCUGCCAUAGAAGCGGGGAAAGACAUAGCCUUGGCCAAUAAAGAGACCUUAAUUGCUGGCGGUCCUUUUGUCCUUCCUCUUGCUAACAAGCAUAAAGUGAAAAUUCUUCCUGCCGAUUCAGAACAUUCUGCUAUAUUCCAGCUAAAGGAAAUUUUCAAUCUUCAGUGUAUUCAAGGUUUGCCAGAGGGUGCACUUAGGCGCAUUAUUUUAACUGCAUCUGGCGGAGCUUUUAGGGAUUGGCCGGUUGAUAAACUGAAAGAAGUUAAAGUAGCUGAUGCCUUGAAGCAUCCUAACUGGAAUAUGGGGAAAAAGAUUACGGUGGACUCUGCUACCCUUUUCAAUAAGGGUCUAGAAGUUAUUGAAGCUCACUAUCUUUAUGGGUCUGAAUAUGAUGAUAUUGAGAUUGUUAUUCACCCCCAGUCCAUCAUACACUCAAUGGUUGAGACACAGGAUUCAUCUGUCCUUGCACAGUUGGGAUGGCCUGAUAUGCGUCUACCAAUCCUCUACACAUUAUCCUGGCCAGACAGAAUUUACUGCUCUGAGAUUACUUGGCCCCGCCUUGAUCUGUGCAAGUAA